UCUUCUGCACACAACGUGUAGCUCGACAAUCUACUUAGCAAGAUCACUUUAGAACCAGAAUCACCAGCAACCAUGGAGAUGGAGCUACCAUCAUGGGCCUCAGUACUGGUCAUUGUGCUCGCCGCCGUCGUCUUCCUCCUCGCCACCAUUCUCCGCCAUGGCCGACGCGCGUAUAGGCUCCCACCAGGGCCUAACCCGUGGCCGAUCAUCGGCAACCUCAACCUCAUUGGCGCGCUGCCACACCGCUCCAUCCACGAGCUCUCCAAGCGCUACGGCCCGCUGAUGCAGCUCCGGUUCGGGUCAUUCCCCGUCGUCGUCGGCUCGUCGGCGGAGAUGGCCAGGUUCUUCCUCAAGUCCCACGACAUUGUGUUCACCGACCGGCCGAGGACCGCCGCCGGCAAGCACACCACGUACAACUACACCGACAUCCUCUGGUCCCCCUACGGCGCCUACUGGCGCCAGGCGCGCAAGAUGUGCGUCACCGAGCUCUUCAGCGCGAGGCGGCUCGAGUCGUUCGAGCACAUCCGCGGCGAGGAGGUGCGCGCGCUGCUGCGCGACCUGCACGGCGCGGCGGCGCCCGUGCUGCUCAGGGACUACCUGUCCACGGCGACGCUCGGCGUGAUAUCGCGCAUGGUGCUGGGCAAGAAGUACGUGGGGGUUGAGGGAGCUUCUGCCGGCAACGGCGGCGGCGGCGAGGGGACGAGCCCGGCGGCGACGCCGGAGGAGUUCAAGAUGAUGAUGGACGAGCUGUUCCUGCUGAGCGGCGUGCUCAACAUCGGCGACUUCAUCCCGUGGCUAGACUGGCUCGACCUGCAGGGGUACAUCAGGAGGAUGAAGAGAGUAGGCAAGAAACUGGAUCGGUUCAUGGAGCACGUCCUGGACGAGCACGACAAGGUGCGGCGGCAGCAGGGUGAUAGGUUUGCAGCGAGGGACUUGGUCGACGUGCUCUUGCAGCUCGCCGAUGACCCUAACCUCGAGGUCCAACUCCGGCGUGAUAAUGUCAAGGCACUUACUCAGGACCUGAUCGCCGGCGGCACGGACACCUCCGCCAUCACCGUGGAGUGGGCCAUUUCGGAGCUCCUGAGGAAGCCGGAGAUCCUCGCCAAGGCGACCGAGGAGCUGGACCGCGUCGUCGGCCGCGGCCGCUUGGUCACCGAGACGGACAUGACCAGCCUCCCCUACGUGGAGGCCAUCGUGAAGGAGACGAUGCGCGUGCACCCGGUGGCGCCCCUGCUGGCGCCGCACGUAGCCCGCGAGGACGCCUCCGUCGGCGGCUACGACAUCCCCGCCGGAACGCGGGUGCUCGUCAACGUGUGGACCAUCGCCCGCGACCCGGCGCUGUGGGACUCGCCGGAGGAGUUCAUGCCGGAGAGGUUCAUCGGCAGCAAGAUCGACGUGAAGGGACAGGACUUCCAGCUGCUGCCGUUCGGGUCCGGCCGCCGGUUGUGCCCCGGCCACAGCCUCGGGCUGAAGGUGAUACAGCUGAGCCUCGCCAGCCUGCUGCACGGCUUCGAGUGGAGGCUCCCCGACGGCGUGUCGGCCGGCGAGCUGAGCAUGGAGGAGGUCUUCGGCCUGUCCACGCCGAGGAAGGUUCCGCUCGAGGUCGUCGUUAAGCCCAAGCUGCCGGCCCACCUCUAUACCGGGCCCUGAUGUAUCUAUAUGUCAGUACGUGGGCCAUUGAUACCAAUACUUCCCAUGAUCUCUACCAUGGAAUAAGUUUGUUAUGGAAUAUUAUCUCCUCGGGAGAUAAGAUUCUUUCUUGUGAACCAAUCCCAACUAGAGUGAGAUAAGAUUUAUCUCCUCCUAAAACCGCUGUAUAUGGUAAACUUGUAAUCAAGAUCAGAUUUAUAAUUAAGAGAGAUUUCACCCUAU